CCAACACUUGGAACAUUUAUAGAAGGCCCACGGCCCAAGCCUAAAAGUGAAGUCUUGCGGUCCUGUACGCCGCUUUCUGAGAAGGGCAGGGGCUGAGAAUUAAAAAGAAUCGAGAAAAAGCAUUAAGGCUAGGAACGAAGAAGAGGAGGUGGAGGAAGAGAGUCAUGGCGGAGACAGGGGACGAAAAUGCAGGGGAGUUUUACUUGAGGUACUAUGUCGGCCACAAGGGUAAAUUUGGGCAUGAGUUCUUGGAGUUCGAGUUUAGGCCCGACGGCAAGCUCCGGUAUGCUAAUAAUUCCAACUAUAAGAACGACACCAUGAUCCGUAAAGAGGUCUUCGUCACCCCCGCCGUUCUAAAAGAAUGCCGUCGCAUCGUCGUUGAAAGCGAGAUAAUGAAGGAAGAUGACAACAAUUGGCCAGAACCAGAUCGCGUUGGAAGGCAAGAGCUGGAGAUUGUAAUGGGGAACGAGCACAUAUCUUUUACUACUGCUAAGAUUGGUUCUCUCGUGGAUGUCAAUACCAGUAAAGAUCCUGAAGGUCUUCGAAUCUUCUAUUAUCUUGUUCAGGAUUUGAAGUGUUUCGUGUUUUCUCUUAUCUCACUCCACUUCAAGAUCAAACCCAUUUGAGUGUCAGCCAUAUCACCCCCUGGAACAGAAGGAAAGCCAUGUGUUUUGAAGUUGCUUGGUCUGACCCCCUGGAACAGAAGGAAAGCCAUGUGUUUUGAAGUUGCUUGGUCUGUUGUCCUUUGCCUUGAUAAGUUCGUUAUAUAUUUAAACUUAUAAAUAGCGUUGAUUUGGGUGAUUGUUCGAGUAGAUGAAGUUUGUGAUAUGCUAGUUGUGUAAUUGAAGAUCUAUUCCUUUUGCUCUUGAUAAGCCCUCUUUUCCGCAUUAAUCAGUGGAUCUUCAGGCUUGAGCCUAAGCUGACUCGCAUCUGAUCAGCCCCUUCUUCCUGUUUCUAAUUUAAGACGUGAUUAUUGCAUCUCGGAGGUGGUGUAGGUAUUGUGUUAGUUUUAAAGGGUGAAUUGUGUAACGCAAAACAAAUCUAGUGAUGCAGAUAUUUGUCUUUUUUUAUUUCCGGUCAGCAUGUUCUGUCGGUCUGAGUUUGUGCACAA